GUGUACACAGGUCUUCCCCUUUUCUGGCUGGGCUAGCCUCUUUUGGUCCCUCCCUCUACUACAUGUUUAAACUUUCCCUGUCUUUGUUGUCCAAAUCUAGUGUUCUUACUUCAGCUCUUCAAGCGCUGCACUUUCCCUAUUCAUUCUCUUAUUUCAUUAUAACUGCUAAUAAACUAAUGGUUGUUCCACCUUUGUAAUACAAGCGAAAUCCAUAGGCCAAAUCCAAAAGAUCCAUGGCUUCUGCUUUUGUAACUAGAAACCCUGAUUGAUUGAUUGAUUGAUUGAUUGAUUAAAAUUUGUUGUUGUAUAUCUACUAAAGUGUCAUCCAUCAACAUAGUUAGUUACUUUAUGUCGGAUUCAAACAACACAACUUGAAGUUUGUCUGAGUACUUUCUAACCCAUGGCGGCAAACUGCUUCACCUUCUCGAGCUGUUGAUAAAUCUUGGUUGGUUCAUCUGCAUAUUGAUGAGAAUCGUGUCAGCAUCUUCGUCGAACGGCCUCGACUGCAAGAUUGUGACUACUACCGGUGUCACGCUUGUUGGGGCGCUUGUGGUGGUUAUGGGCAGUGGAGUAUUUUCCCUCUCUCCUUAUGUGCUAGACUUGAUCGCCCGGGAGCACUCCUCCCGCGAGGGUCGUCCACCUCCGGAGCGCACUGCCUCAGUCCCGGCGUGAUUCCGCUUCCCCGGCUCCUCUCUCCCCCGCCCGAAAAUCGUCUGGCGACGUCGAUCGCUGGCAACAGAGUUGGGCGGGGGACGGCGUGCGGCCGUUGAUUAAAAAGGCACCGACCGAAGCCGCUUGCUUCCAGAUCUACCCGGCUUUAGGUAGGUUUGGCCUUCUUUGCCUGCAAGUUGCAGCGCUCGAGUUUGCAACUUGUGAAAAUUCCGCUUCUUGUGAUACAAUCACUUACUUCGGAUGGGAGUCCUUGAAGUUUCUUUUUUAUUAUAUAGAAG